UCGAUCUUUCGGGUAAAAAAAAAAAAAAGAAAAAGAAAAAGACUCAAAUCAUUAUGAUUUAUAAAUUACGAACAAGCAAGAAAAUUCGCAACGAUCCAAAAGAAGCCUCGAUCGAGCGAUGCCGCCUCCCCACGCCGACGAUGAGCUCUUCCUCCAUCCUCUGCCUUUGCCACCCACCCCCGGCGGCGGAGGCUCCUGGGGCCCUUUCUCCGCCGCCGGCGACUUCGGCACCACCAUGGCUAUCAUCCUCGCCGCCCUCUUCUCAACCGUCCUCCUAGCCUUCUUGCUCGCCGCUGCUGUCCGCCUCCUCCUAGCCCGACGCCGCCCCUCGGAGGAGCAAGUGGACCCCGAGAAAUCGGCGGUGGCGGUGGCGGUGGCGGCGGUGUCGGUGCCGACGACUUUGUUCUCGGCGGCGGGGACACGGCUAGCCGGGGCGGUGGCGGAGUGUGCCAUCUGCCUGACCGAGUUCGCGGAGGGCGACGCGGUACGGGUCCUGCCAGCAUGCAGCCACGGCUUCCACGGGCGGUGCGUCGAGCAGUGGCUGGCGACGAAGGGGUCGUGCCCCACCUGUCGCGCCGCCUGCAGCGUCGGGCAAACCCACGGCCCACCAAUGAAGCCCAAUCCGUCGAGCGAGGUUUAAUUAGAGUGUAAUUAACUACUUAAUUCAAUCCAUUCCAUUUUCAUUUCAG